UCCCCUCCCCGCCCACGUGCACCCCGAGUCCGGCGGGGGCCGACAGGCGCGGGGGCGGGGCGCGGGGAAGGUUCCUCCCCUUCCCGGGCCGGGCGGGCGGGGCGCGGGGCGCGGGAGCCGGGGAACGUGGGCCGGCGCCCCGCCUUUGUCUCCCGGGCGCCGCCGGAGCGCCGCAGCCGCUUUGUGCCGCGGGGCGCGGGGGGCGCGGGGGGGCGCGGGGGGCGCGGGGGCGGCAUGGACGUGACGGUGUCGGAGCUCAUGGAGCUCUUCCUACAGAGCCCGCUGGUGACCUGGGUGAAAACUUUCGGCCCUUUUGGCGGCGGCGGCCAGGACAACCUCACCACCUACAUGGCCUUGGCGGACGGCAUCGUGCUCAACCAGAUUAUGUUGCAGAUAGACCCCAGACCCACCACCCAGCGUGUCAACAAGCACGUGAACAAUGACGUGAACCUGCGCAUCCAGAACCUGAGCAUCCUGGUGAGGAGCAUCAAGACCUACUACCAGGAGGUCCUCCAGCAGCUGAUUGUCAUGAACCUGCCCAAUGUCCUCCUGAUCGGCAAGGACCCCCUGUGUGGCAAGAGCAUGGAGGAGAUCAAGAAGGUUCUGCUGCUGGUGUUGGGCUGCGCCGUCCAGUGUGAGAGGAAGGAGGAGUUUAUUGAGCGGAUUAAACAGCUGGACAUCGAGACCCAGGCUGGGAUCGUGGCCCACAUCCAGGAGGUGACCCACAACCAGGAGAAUGUGUUUGACCUGCAGUGGCUGGAGCUCCCCGACGUGGCCCCGGAGGAACUGGAGACCCUGUCGAGGAACAUGGUGUUUCACCUGCGCAGGCUCAUCGACGAGCGGGAUGAGUGCACGGAGCUGAUCAUGGACCUGACCCAGGAGCGGGACUACCUGCAGGCACAGCAGCCGCCCAGUCCCCUUGGGGCGUCGAGUGCCGAGUCCACACCCAGCCCUACCAGCAGCCUGUCGAGUGAGGACAAGCAGCACAUGGCUGUGGAGUUGGCAGACAGCAAGGCCCGCCUGCGUCGUGCCCGCCAGGAGCUGGAGGAGAAGACGGAGCAGCUGGUGGACACGAGGCACGAGGUGGACCAGCUGGUGCUGGAGCUGCAGAAGGUCAAGCAGGAGAACAGCCAGUUGGCGGCGGACGCACGCUCUGCCCGGGCCUACCGUGAUGAGCUGGACGCACUGCGGGAGAAGGCGGCCCGUGAGGAGCGCCUGGAGAUGGAGCUGGUGCGCUGCCGUGAGAAGCUGCACGACGUGGACUUCUACCGGGCGCGCAUGGAGGAACUGAGAGAAGACAACAUCAUCCUGAUCGAGACCAAGGCCAUGCUGGAGGAGCAGCUGGUGGCCGCGCGGGCCCGUGGGGACAGGGUGCACGAGCUGGACAAGGAGAACCUGCAGCUGAGAUCCAAACUGCGUGACCUGGAGCUGGACCGGGACACAGAUAAGAAGCGGAUUGAGGAACUGCUGGAGGAGAACAUGGUGCUGGAAAUGGCACAGAAGCAGAGCAUGAAUGAGUCUGCGCACCUGGGUUGGGAGCUGGAGCAGCUGUCCAAGAAUGCAGACCUGUCGGAUGCGUCCAGGAAGUCCUUCGUGUUUGAGCUGAACGAAUGUGCCUCCAGCCGCAUCCUGAAACUGGAGAAGGAGAACCAGAGCCUGCAGAGCACCAUCCAGGGCCUUCGUGAUGCGGCACUGGCGCAGGAGGAGAGCGGCCUCCGCUGCGAGGAGCUACGGAAGGAGAACCAGCAGCUCAGCAAGAAGAUUGAGAAGCUGCAGAGCCAGCUGGAGCGGGAGAAGCAGAGCACCCAGGACCUGGAGACACUGAGCGAGGAACUCAUCCGAGAGAAGGAGCAGCUACAGGGCGACAUGGAGACUCUGAAGGCCGACCGGGCCCGGCAGAUCAAGGACCUGGAGCAAGAGAAGGACCACCUGAAUCAGGCCGUGUGGGCACUACGGGAGUGGUCGCAGGUGGGUGCCAGGGACUUGGAGAAGGAGAGCAAAGCCCAGCAGCAGUCGGCCCCGGAACCAGUGACGGAGCCGGCGAUGGAGCCGGCAUUAGAGCCGAGCAACCAGCUCGGCCAGCUGGAGCGGGAGCUGGAGCAGGCGAGGGAGACGGCAGCGCGGGCCGAGGCGUUGGAGGCUGAGCUGCGGAACCUGGAGCAGGAGAAGGAGCAGCUGGCUGCCAGGGUGAGCUCCCUGCAGACGGCCACCGAGAAGGCGGACGCCCUGGAACGUGAGAGCCUAGGCUUGGCACUGGAGAACCGGCAGCUGCGUAAGUCUCUGGACACCCUGCAGAAUGUGUCGCUGCAGCUCGAGGGCCUGGAGCGUGACAACCGACAGCUGGACCAGGAGAACCUGGAGCUGCGGCGCAUGGUGGAGACGCUGCGCUUCACAGGCGCCAAGCUGGCGCAGAUGGAGCGGGAGAACCAGGAGCUGGAGCGCGAGAAGGAGGAGCUGCGGCGUGGCGUGGAGCGGCUCAAGGCGCUGGGAAAGAAGUCAGAGCGCCUGGAGCUCAGUUACCAGAGCGUGAAUGCCGAGAACCUGCGGCUGCAGCAGAGCCUGGACAGUGGCGGCCAGAAGGCGCAGGCACUGGAGCAGGAGCUCCGGGAGCUGGAGGCCGAGCACCAGGCCGUGCGUCGAGAGUUGGAGGCCCUGCGCCAGGCACACCGGCAGCUGGAGCUCGCCCAGCAGGAUCAGCGGGCACUGGAGCAGGAUGUGGCCCAGCUGGAGAAGGACAAGAAGCUGCUGGAGAAGGAGACCCGCCGCCUCUGGCAGCAGUUGGAGCUCAAGGAUGCCGUCCUGGAUGACAGUGCCGCCAAGUUGGCCGCCGCCGAAAAGGAGAGCCGUGCCCUGGACAAGGAGCUGGCCCGCUGUCGGGACGCAGUCGGGAAGCUCAGGGAGCUGGAGAGGGACAACAGGGACCUCACCAAGCAGGUCACUGUGCAUACCAGGACGCUGACUACGCUCAGAGAGGACCUGGUGCAGGAGAAGCUGAGGAGCCAGCAGCUGGGUAGUGAGCUGGACAAGCUGGGCCUGGAGCUGGACAAGCUGGGCCUCUCCAAGGAGCUGCUCCUGCAGGAGGACAACAGCAGUGACUCAAAACACAGGAUUCUGGAGAGUAGGAGUGAAGCAGCCCUGCAGACGGCGCUGGCCGGGAAGGAGGAGAGGAUUGAGCUGCUCGAGGCCCAGGUGGAGGAGAAGGCUGGCUUAAACCAGCAGCUGCGGAGUGAACUUCAGGCGCUGAAGAAGGAGUGUGAGCGCUUGCAGCAGAGCCAGGAAGGCGAGAAACCCCCACAGGACUCUUGCACCCCCCCCAAGGGGACAGUGGCAGCUGGUAUCCCUGAGAAGGAGGCCUGGGGGUCCAGCCACAAGGAAGCCACCCUGGAGCUACUCCGAGUGACUGACCGGGCCAUUGAGCUGGAGCGGAAUAACGCUGCCCUGCAGGCAGGGAAGCAGCUGCUGGAGACGCAGAACUCAGCCUUGAAUGCCCAGGUGCUGGCGCUGCAGACACAGACCGCCAAGCUGCAGGUAGAGAACACCACGCUGAGCUCACAGGCUGCGGCCCUGGCGGCGCAGUUCUCCAUGCUGCAGAGCCGGGAGGCCGCACGGGAGGCCGAGCAGGAGGCCCAGCAGCGGCAGCAGGAGAUGCUGUCGGCUGCCCACGAGGCACUGCUGCGUGACCAUGAGCAGCUGGGCGGCCUGCAUGAGCGCCAGUCCUGCGAGUAUGAGGCCCUCAUCCACCAGCAUGGCUGCCUCAAGGCGCUGCACCGCUCGCUGGAGCUGGAGCACAAGGAGCUGGGGGACAGGCACGAGGCCCUGCUGGGGCACAAGGCUGAGCUGGACGAGCUGGAGAAGGUUCUGGGCAGCGAGCGGGAGGCACUGCAGCGGGAGCAGGCGAGCCGUGCCCUGGCGGCCAGCGAGAACCAGAGGCUGCGGGUGGAGCUGGACAGGGUUAGCUUCCUGCACGGCCAGCUGAAGGGGGAGUACGAGGAGCUGCACGCCCACACUAAGGAGCUGAAGACCUCGCUCAACAACGCACAGCUGGAGCUGAACCGCUGGCAGGCCCGCUUCGACCAGCUCAAGGAACAGCACCAGGCCAUGGACCUGUCCAUGACCAAGCUGGACAAUCACUGUGAGCUGCUGUCCCGCCUCAAGGGGAACCUGGAGGAGGAGAACCACCACCUCCUGAGCCAGAUCCAGCUGCUGAGCCAGCAGAACCAGAUGCUGCUGGAGCAGAACCUGGAGAGCAAGGAGCAGUACCACGAGGAGCAGAAGCAGUACAUAGACAAGUUAAACGCCCUCCGGAGACACAAGGAAAAGCUGGAAGAGAAAAUCAUGGACCAGUACAAAUUCUAUGACCCCGCUCCCAAGAAGAAGAACCACUGGAUUGGGGCCAGAGCCCUAGUCAAGCUCAUCAAGCCAAAGAAAGAAGGUUCAAGAGAGCGCCUCAAGUCUACUGUGGACAGCCCUCCGUGGCAGCCCGAGUCCCCAGACACGAACCCCCCGCCCGCUGCUCAGGCUCUCGGGCCAGAGAACCCCGACACCCCCACAGCCUCCAGUUGUGCAGAAGAGCGAGAAACCCCGGGCAAAGGACCUGGGGACCUAAAGUCCAAGCGGGGAUCCCCUCAUGGAGGCAGCCUGGACCCUGCAGAGGUUCCUGCUGAGCUGGCCACACGUCCCCGAUCCCUGGAGCCCAGCUCUCGGACCUGCUCAGCUGUCACCACCCCUCCUGUUUCCACACCCGGAGCUCGAACCCUGGGCCGCACCAGAGGCUAUAAUUCAGACGACAGCCUGUGUGAGCAGUCCCUGGAGCUUGAACUGGGUGGCCACCGGCAGUACGUGUCGCGACCGGGGAGCUUGGAGAACAGUCGGAAUGCAUCCAGUGACAGCUCACCUCUGCACCUGAAGGGUUCUUCUGACCAGCUCCACGGCAGGUCUGAGAGCUUCAGCAGUGAAGACCUGAUUCCCAGUAGGGACACCAGCACCUCAGGGCGCCCCGCCCUUGGCCGCCAUGAGCACCCCCCACCCCGGAAUGGGCCUGGCCCUCAGGAGGCCAUGCAGAAGAGGGGUGCAGGCCAGCCCCAUGCUGGGGGACGCUCCCACUCAGCCUCCCCAAGCAGCGAGAUGGUCACUCUGGAGGAGUUCCUGGAGGAGAGUAACCGGGCCUCCCCCAGCUUGGAUGCGCCCUCCAGCCGGGAGGACCUGCUCAGCGACUACUUCAGGAAAGUCACCGAGGCUCCUCUGUGUCCCCCUGCCAGGAGGGAUGGGGCCAAGACGCCCACCAGCUUGGUGGCGCCCCUCAAGAUGGCCACUGGCACACCAGAGGGGAGGCUACAGAAGCCAGGCCAGUGUGUGAAGCCCAGCUUGCGCACAGUGGAGCCCCCCCAGACACUGUCCCUGGGUCGGGCCCGGGCGCCUCCCACCAACCGUGGUGCUUCCCUCAGCCGCGCCUUCAGCCUGGCCUCUGCUGAUCUGCUCCGUGCCGGUGGGCCUGAGUCCUGCCAGCUGGAUGCCCCUCAGAAAGUGGGGGGCCCUGAGGCCUCUGGAGGCCGAGAGGGGGCCAGCCAUCCCCUGCAGAACCCCCCAACUCCCAGCCCCCAUGGUCUGGCCCGGGAGCGGACCCCGCUUGUGGGCAAGGCUGGGGCCACCUGCCCAGCCCCCCGCAGCCGCCCAGUGGACAUGAGGCGAUUUUCUUUGGCACCCCCCAAAGAGGAGCGAUUGGCUCCCCUGCAACAGUCUGCUACAGCCCCAGCCAUUGCCACCCAGCUCCAGCACUUGCCGCCUGCCGCUGCCCCAGCCCCCAGGACUAAGCUCCAAGCACCCUUGCACUUGGGGGAGGUGGCCACGGUGGCCCCCGUGCGGUCAGGGCCCAACUUCCCAGAGGGGGACGGGGCCAGUGAGGGGCUCCCCAAGUCUCUGGGGCCCAGCCGGGGCCCUGAGGACCUGAGCCGAGGGAGCAGUACCAGGAGCACGCCGGCCUCCCCUGAGCCACCUGGGGACCAGCAGACUGUGUGGUAUGAGUAUGGCUGUGUGUGACCCUGCAGAAGGUUCCAGAAAGUGGGGUGCCUGCGAACCUCCUCUGCUUGCUUUGUCCCAGCAAAUACUGUGCCAAGUCCUAAGGGCACUACCCUGCCUUCUUGGUCACCUCCUGUGGCUGUUGUUUCUGAAGCAGAUCAGCUGUGGCCUGGGGACACUCAGUGACCCACAGAGCUGACCUCAGAGCAGCCCUAUGAGCCUGGGCCCCGCAGAAUGCUCCUUUGUUUCAUGUUGUUCUCCGUUUGUGUGUGUGUGUGUGUGUGUGUGUGUGUGUGUGUGUGUGUGUGUACACACACACUCCUGCUGGCGCCCCAGCACCCCAGGAACCUUCCUACCUCCCCUCACCCAGUGUCCGGACUGCAGGGAUUUGGGGGAUGGCUGAGGGUGGACCAGGCACAUCCCUGAACCCCAUGAACAUUUCUGGGUAUUUACCCUCCCCCCACCACUGGCUUCUGGGGGCUCCUUCCAGAGUUGGGGGGGAAUGGGACAGCCCACUUUUCUCUCCCUUUUCUACAAACACUGGAUUUGCCAUGGCGGGGGGUGGGCAGAGAGGCGCUCCCUUACUCCCUCACUCCCUCCUGGUGAGUGUGCAUAGUGUAUAGCAGGGGGCGGGCUUGGAGGAGAUAUUAAUUGACGGCCCCCUGAGUAGCAUCCCCAUGGGGGGAACCAAAUUUCUCUUAAUAUAUUGUGUGUUUGUGUGGAGGAGAAUCUAUUUAUGUUCGAUGGGAUUGAGUUUGUGGCUCAGGGGUCCGGUGGGAUCCCCGUUUGUUCAGUAAAGGUGCUCUCUCUUCCCGGAAUGGGACACGA